AUGGCGGCCAACAAGGAGCGCCUCUUCGUGGCGGGGGCCCUGGGGCCUGGGCCGGGCUACCCGGGGGCCGGCUUCCCCUUCGCCUUCGCCGGGGGGCUCCGGGGGUCUCCCCCCUUCGAGAUGCUGAGCGCCAGCUUCCGGGGCCUGGGCCAGCCCGACCUCCCCAAGGAGAUGGCCUCGCUCUCGGUGGAGACCCAGAGCACCAGUUCGGAGGAGAUGGUCCCCAGCUCGCCGUCUCCGCCCCCGCCGCCCCGCGUCUACAAGCCCUGCUUCGUGUGCAGCGACAAGUCGUCGGGCUACCACUACGGCGUCAGCUCCUGCGAGGGCUGCAAGGGCUUUUUCCGGCGAAGCAUCCAGAAGAACAUGGUGUACACUUGUCACCGCGACAAAAACUGCAUCAUCAACAAGGUGACGCGCAACCGCUGCCAGUAUUGCCGCCUGCAGAAAUGCUUCCAGGUCGGCAUGUCUAAGGAAGCGGUGCGGAAUGACCGGAACAAGAAGAAGAAGGAAGUAAAGGAGGAAGGGGGCGGCGGGGGCGGCGGUGGCGGCGGCGGCGGCCCACCGGACAACUACCAGCUGAGCCCCCAGCUGGAGGAGCUGAUCGCCAAAGUCAGCAGGGCCCACCAGGAAACCUUCCCCUCCCUCUGCCAGCUGGGCAAGUACACCACGAACUCCAGCGCAGACCACCGGGUGCAACUGGACCUGGGGCUUUGGGAUAAAUUCAGCGAGCUGGCCACCAAAUGCAUCAUCAAGAUCGUGGAGUUCGCCAAACGGCUGCCCGGCUUCACUACCCUCAGCAUCGCGGACCAGAUCACCCUCCUCAAGGCCGCCUGCCUGGACAUUCUGAUGCUGCGGAUCUGCACACGGUACACCCCGGAGCAGGACACCAUGACCUUCUCGGAUGGCCUGACCCUGAACCGGACGCAGAUGCACAACGCCGGCUUCGGCCCCCUCACCGACCUGGUGUUCGCCUUCGCCGGCCAGCUGCUGCCCCUGGAGAUGGACGACACCGAGACCGGCCUGCUCAGCGCCAUCUGCCUCAUCUGCGGAGACCGCAUGGAUCUGGAGGAGCCGGAGAAGGUGGACAAACUCCAGGAGCCCUUGCUGGAGGCGCUCAAACUGUACGCGCGGCGGCGACGGCCCAGCCAGCCCUACAUGUUCCCGCGCAUGCUCAUGAAGAUCACCGACCUCCGGGGCAUCAGCACCAAAGGCGCGGAGCGGGCCAUCACCCUGAAGAUGGAGAUCCCGGGCCCCAUGCCGCCCCUCAUCCGCGAGAUGCUGGAGAACCCGGAGAUGUUCGAGGACAACGGCGACGCCAAGCCCGGACCCCCCAGCGAGGACGACAGUCCCGGCGGCGGCGGCGGCGGCGGCGGCGAGCCCGACGAGGACACCCCCUAAGGAGGGGGCCGCGAGCACGGGGCCGCACGCUCGGGGGGCCCAAGGGAGCGGGCGGCAGACUCUGCCCACCCCUCCCUCCC